GGAGUAUAUCUCGACCGGGUCACCGGCGUCCUGCAGAAUUUCCAACUUUCCAGAGGCGUCAAUCGUCAACGCUCCUUGAUUCUGAAACAGAGGUCGAUCUCUGGAAGCAACCCAAACGGGGUGGCCCGUGGAAUCGUAAACGGACGAGUUAAACCAUAUCCCCAAGUAGCUCCGGUUCAUGAACCCCAUCACGAAGCGGCCAUUGGUGGAAACCAAAUAAUCAGAGGGAUUCAAGGCGUCCCCUUGGUUGAGCGUGUUCGUUGUUGCUGCAGACAGAGGAUGGAGUUGAGAGAUUGUGAUAAUGACUGCGAGAACGGCGGCUGCCGUGGAGUGGAUCAUGGUGAAGAAUAAUAAUUGUUUGUUCUGCGGCUCCAUGAUUUCCAUAAACGCAUUGAAAUUC